AUGACUGCUAUUUGUGAAAACAGUCUUUACAAUGUAUGUUCGUGUAAAACCAAAUACCAUCUGCCAAUCACCUUACCGUUAUAUGAUGGUCAUUGCCAUGUUGAUUUAUUUUUCAAAUAUGGAUUAAAUGAAAAUGACUUUAAUUUACAACUUUCAUAUGGAAGGAAAAUCAUACUCAUAGAUAAUCGUCACCAACACUACAGAUGGUUCGCAAAUUAUGAGAUACAAAGUCCGAAUGUAAAAAUAUUUACAACAUAUGGAAUUCAUCCAAAAUAUCUUCCAUCUGAUCCACAAAGUGUUUUACAACAAUUAGAUAAUAUCUUUAAAAAUAAAUUUCAAUUGACCACUACUACAGUAGGAAUCGGUGAAUGUGGACUCGAUGAUACAAGUAAUUGCUCGUAUGAUUUUCAAUUAUUUAUAUUUAAAUACCAACUUAAAUUAGCAGCUGAAAUGAAACUUCCAAUUGUACUUCAUGGUCGUGGAGUUAAUUCAUUUGAACCAAUGCUACGCGAGCUGAAAUUACAUCUGAACGACACCCAUAAAAUUCAUUGGCAUUGUAUUAAUUCCAAAACCAAUUUAAAUGUUAUAUCAAAUUUCCUUAAUUAUUUUAAAAAUUCUUUUAUUGGUUUAAAUGGAUCAAUCACAACUCCGAACGACAUCGAUUCUCAAAAAAAUUUCAACAAUUGGUUACUUACACAACACGACAUUUUAGCUCGAAUAAUAAUUGAAACAGAUUUUCCUUUUCUACGACCAUCAACAUUAGAAACCGAUCGAUAUAAUCCAAUUAGUGGUAUAACAACUGCAGCGCAACAUAUUGUUAACAUCCUACGAAUCAAAAAAUUAUAUGCCACGAAAAUUAUUGAUAGAUCCAACAACAAUAUACGUCGAAUGUAUUGUAUUGAUUGA